UCAAAGCUCAAAUGGCGCUCAUGCGAUUACAACGUUGUACGUGUAUUCACCGUGAAGUUCGCCAUCGAUCUUUUGAUCUGGACCAAAGAUUGUGUGGCGUCGGGCAUCUUUGCUCUGGACGACUUAGCAGCGACUGAUCUCCUCGCUCCGUCUGUGGUCUGACAACAGAGCAAUUUGCUGCAGGUCAGGCUGAUAAUCCUGCUCUAUGAUCUGUCAAAACUCUGACAAUAAAGUGACAUGAGUGGCUGAAAAGCAGUCUUCUGGUGGCAGCCUGCUAGAGUGGUUUUGACAACGUGCACUGAAACUGGUGGAGCAAUCAUGGCAACAGGAGGAGAAGAUAGUGGCAACGAUGGGAAAGAAGUAGAAAAAGCCAACAAGAAACAGGAGCAAGAUGAAGCCGCUGGCGAUAAGGUGGGAUCCUGGCUCUGGUCAGGGGUCAAAGUUGGCGCAGCCCUCAAGGUUGGUGCCAUGCUGGGAGUGACAACUCUUGGUGCCACCGCUCUCGGAGCUGUGGCUGUUGGUGCCUAUGCUGCCUUGAAGAUUGUGGGGAGUAUCGAGAGUCCAGAGGAAGAGGAGGACUGUAGAGGUGAUGUGAAGGAGGGGGAUGCGGAGAAGAAAGAUAAGGAAUAUCUACCCUCCCCAGAGCAAGCACCUUCAGAUUGUGACUCUGGAACUAAAAGGGAGUUCUCAAGCAAUCUGGUCGAGGACCUGAAUGAGUACUACCGCUCUGUCAUCAGAAGUUCCUCAGCAAAGCGGAUGGCCAUACGGGACCUUGUAGAGAAGGCAAGACAGCCUCUCAGCAUGUUCCUUGUGAAGAAUCACGGAAGUCUCGUUGAGGGAGAGCUGGUACCUGCGGCUUCUGACAGAUUGAUCACUAAGCACCAGGAUGAGCGCACCCUAUUUCUCCCGCUCACAGUGGACUGCCGGAUGUGGGAAAUUUGUGAUGCUGGUGAAAGCGUGCUAGAGAUGCGCGGCUUCUUUUGUGUGCGCCGUAUAAACCUGGAUGACUUCAGCAUUGGGACCAGCCCCUGGGAUCCUUUCCUGAGCGGAAGCUACUUGAACCCCGAGCUGUUGCAGAGGUUCUUGAAGAAGAAAAUCCAGCUCUCGCUUGAUGAAGAGAAGGUGCUGGGAUUGGAUUACGACGUCAAGUGGAAUGGGAGCAGCAUUGAACUGAUUAUUGAAAAUCCUGUCAAAGGCUAUGCAGACAUGCUUUGCAUCAAGAUCAUUCCCUGUAUGAAGGUUGAGAAGGGGGAAAAGACGAUCACUGUAAUUGCCCAGUCAGGCACCCCUUACCAGGAGUCAGCAGCCUUGUCCAGCAUCCCACAGGAGAACCUCUGGCUUCACUCCUUGGAAGAGGAGGCCGUACUGGAGAUGGAGUCACUGGACGAAGACGGCGGAUGCCGGAAGAAGUGCUUGCUGAUCCUGAAGUCACUGCUGUCCACUGAGCCGUCAAUGAAAAUGCUGACCCUUUACCACCUGCUCACCGUCCUCCUGGAGGUCUGCGAGGAGGAGACGGAGUGGGAGGAGGAGAUGCUGGCAGAGAGGUUCUUGGAUCUCCUGAAGGCAUUGGAAGGUUACUUGAGAGCUGAUAAUCUAGCUCAUCACUGUUCCCCUGAAGAUGUUGCUGAAUCUCUAAAGUGGUUGGCCCACUUGUUGCAGUCAAAUGAGUGCAUUGCUGAUCUGAUAUACGAUCGCCUUUUCAAAGGUACCAAGUAGUAAUUUCCAGGACCACCAUAUCAAAUUUACUAUGGAAAUUUGCGUAGUGAAAACUUGUAGCAUAGGUAGGUAACCUGCCAAGACAUGUGCAUGUUUUUUGUUUUUAUUUGCUGUUUGUUUUCAUUUCCAACCGUCCUUUUAAAAAAAGAAAUUGUGGCAGCAGUCCCGUAUUCCUUGCCUGCAAGUACACGGUUCAGGAAAAACUGGGUGAAAACUCUGUGGGUUUCCAUCCCCAGUUUUUUUGAUGUGACAUUCUAGAAAUGAAUGUCAAAGGGUAAUGAGCCACCUGUUGAAUAACUUGGUUUAGGUGUUAAUACAGCCUCUUAUACUUUCAUGUACACUGUACACGUUUACCCAGAAUAUCUAGAAAACGUCACUGUCUCAGGCCGUGUCCGAAACGGGCUUCCAGAGCCACGGCUAGGUCUUUUGUCUACGCGUCUCCACACAUUUCCAAUGGAACAAAGACCUAGACCUAGCUCUUGAGGACAGAUUCGGAUGCAGCCUUAGUCUCUUUCAGUUUCAAAUCCAAUCAUGCCCCAAAGAUAUCUCAAGCUUUGUGAAGUUUCUUUUCCGUACAUGUUCUUGAAAUUCUGUGAGCACUGAAACUGUGUGCCAAGUAGACAUGCAUUGUUUGUUAUUCUUAGCAUAGGAAUAGCUAGCAUUGUUCGUUAUCCCUAGCAUAGGAAUUGCUAGCACAAACCUCAUUAUUGAUUUGUGCCUGUCUGUGCAUGGCACACAGUAUGCCAUGGGGUAGGCACCCUUGUGGAACACAAAUGCGCUUUUGUCUAUGUACCAAACAUGCAUGCAAAACACAAUGGGUUUAUCUGCAGGCAAAAUUGAUUGACCUUCUAAAGAAAAAUUCACAAUAUCCAACAUUUUUGUUGACCUUCAGCACUUCCACUAUUUCAUGGUUUAAAUGUCAUUUCAGAAGUCACUGGACUAGUGGUCCUAGUGGUUCAGAAAUUUACUGGAGUGGACAGAAAACAGGUUUUCAAAACUAUUGCAGUAUUCUCUGGGCAUGUACAGUACAUGUAUUAUUUUACAGAUGAUUAAUUGCCAGUCUCUUUUCUGUUUAAAGAAUAAUGUCUGUUAAAAUAUAACAUGCCCAGCUCACUCAAGGCGAACAAAGAACAUCAACACUGACCGUGCAAAGGGUGUUGCUAGAAAGGUUCCAUUUUGCACAGUUAACAGGGUUUUAUGUUUAAAUUUUUCUAAUCUGUUGUGGUUUUUGACUAUUUCUACAUGUAAGUUAUUGGAACUUCAGAUUAAAAAUUUUGCUUUCAGCUGUUUACAUUGGGCGUUUAUUUACACUGCAAAGAUCUGAAAUAUAUGUGUACAGUAUGUGUUCUAAAUACAUAUUUAUUUUAUCUUUCUCUGUAUAUCUUGAGUCAUUUUUUUCUCAGUACACCUGUAUGUACAUGUAUGAACGUUGAAUACAUAAAUUGUUCAGUGACAAUUUUGCCCUUGAAUACUUAAAGCCGAUAAAAGUUUUUAAAGUAUUCUGAAAAUGAUUAGUUUGAAUAGUUUAUAGGAUGUUUCUUGGGUGAUGCGCCACACAAAAUUCUCUUCACUUUGGAGUUGUUUGAAAAUUGAAUAAACAGGAGCUAGACUUAGUACUUCUUGAGUGUGUUAAAAUUGCUGGUUAGCUGCUAAAAAUGGAAGUGUUACACUUGCCACUCUUGAACUGUCCCUCUCUAGCUUGUAUGGUUGCAUCUUACACUUGGAUAUGACGGGCAAAAAUACACGCUCCUGUGUACAUGUACAUUUAUCUGCACAUGUGCACUUAAGUUUUAUGUAUAUUUGCUAUUGUUUUGUUUGUAAACGAAUACACUGUCUAUUCAGAAGAGGCUAAACUCGGCCAUUUUACGUUCCGUUACAAUGAUGCUUCACUGCUUAAAAUGGUAUUCUUAAAGCUGGAAAAAAAAGUUAUAUUAAGAACAUCAUUCUUUGCAUGACAAGAUAAUGUUUCUUGAAAUGCAGCCCGGCAACUAUUUUCUUAUGUUAAGAAAAGCAGGAAAAGUUACCCUUUUCAACAGUGCGUAUUUGUAUGUGCACUUUAUCAUUGUAUUUAUUUGCUACUUGUUGCUUAUAUAUGAAUAUACUGUAUAUAUUUACUCAGAAGAGGCUAAACUCUAACAUUUUUAUUCAAUUUUUGCUCCGUUUCUAACAAGAAUGAAUAUUCUGUAUGUUUAAUCAGAAGUGGCUAAUCUCUAAAAGUGUAUGUAACUCUGUGCGACUCUGUUGCCUGUUUACAGUGAAUAUACUGUUUAUUUACUGAGAACGGACUAAACUCUACAAUUAAAUAUAAUUUUUGCUCCUUUUGGCUUGUAAAUAUUUACUCAGAACAGACUAAAAUCUACAAUUUAAUAUAAUUUGUGCUACUUUUUGGUUAUGAAUACAUGUAUUUACUCAGAAGAAGCUAAAAUAUAUGGAGGAAUGUGUGUUUGAAAGUGAUCUUAACAACAUUUACAGAUUAGACUAAUUAAAAGACUUGUAAUACAUGUACUUUACAUACAUCUAUCCCAAGUUUGUGCAGGUAUUUUCAGUACAUGCUCUGCCCAAUACCCUGCUUGUUUGUAGUGUUGGUAGUAAGUAAUCUCAUUUUUGUGAGGAAUUGACAGCACCGAUAUUUUGGAAACAGUACUAGCAUUUCUAAUGAUGGAAGGAUAAUUGUUUGUGGAUGAAAAAUUUUAGUAGGUUGUUCAAAAAAACAAACAAAACAAAACAAAAUCUUAUCCCCCACUCAAAUUUUGAUGUGUCACUGGGCAGAUUGCCAAUUGCAAUGAGGGCAUGGUGGUGCCGAUGUGUGUAGUGAAUUAUUAGGGCCAUAAUGUUGUUUGAUUUAAAACCAGUCAUUGUAAAUCUAUUUUGAUAUCUCUGGGAGUGGGAGUUUUGAAGACUGUAGUUUUUAACCUUUUUUUGCUUAAAAAAGAUUACAUGUACUCAGAAGAUUGUAGACAUGGUAUUUUAGAUGCUUGCCCCGUAAUGUUAAAAUUUUUAAAGGUAUCUUUUUAAUAAGGGAAUAAAUAUGCGCUUGGCCAGUCUUAAAUGUGCAUUUAAGACCUGCUCAGGAGAAUGAAUACUGAUAAUUAUGGUGCCCUCGCUUGCGGCUAGAAUUUUAUUUCCAUUUUCCCAAACACCCCCAUGUUACCAUUUUAUUGUGUAUUCCAUGUGCAAGAUGUCCAGAAGAAUCUCCAUAUAUGGACUUGGUACAUGCAUAGCGCGUUCUGCAUCCCGCAUCCCACGUCACACACAGACUCUUGACUAAUAGGGAUGGAUUAAUUGUCUCAAAAGUCAUUUGAUUUCAGAUGUGCCCAUUAACCCUGACCCUCCAUGAUCCUUCAAAAUCUAGCAAAAGUUUUGUUAUGACAAAGGGUCAAAGAAGAUACAGCCCCUCUUCUGCAUACGGCUGGGUAGCCCCGUAAAGUUGAAUUCAAAGAUUGUGCCAUUGGCUUUGUGUACUGUGUAGGAUUUUAUUGGAUUUUGGUGGAUUCAGGAGGGAUCUUGGACUGAGAGCAUACAGGAUUUAAUAAAUAUUUGCAGUGAACAUGCAUCAUCAA